AUGCCUCACAAGCACAAGCGCGUCGACGACGAUGAAUCCCAGUUCGAUCUUCCGCCCACGCUGCACGCUGCACCCCUCGCUGUCGGCAAAGCACGCACAUUCAGCUCCGCCCCAAGGACCAAAAAGCGAAAGGUCGCACAGGUCGACGGCUAUGGCGCAGACGACACCCCCAAGGCCUUUCAGCGCCUCAUGGCCUUUUCCUACGGCGCGCCCAAGAAGCGUUCAGGCCUCGACGACGGCGCCGUGAAGCCCGCUAAGCAGAAGAAGCAGCAGCAGCAGCAACCGCCAGCAACCGAAGCAAACCAGCAUGUCAAGGACAGCAAGAGUGGGCAUCGCCCGGCUCAGUCCGCAGCCGCAUUGAAAAUCCAGCCCGGAGAAUCCAUGGCCGACUUCCGCGCGCGCGUCGACCAGGCCCUGCCGCUAUCCGGCAUUGCAAAGUCCGGCAAGAAUAUUGCCGGCCUGAGCGACCACAGAGUCACCAAGCACGAGCGGCGACUCAAGCGCCUCCAGCAAGGAUGGAGAGAGGAGGAGGCCCGUCUGCGCGAGAGGGAAAUGGAGAGGAGAGAAUUGGCAGAGGAAGAAGAGGAUGAGCUCGAAGCCAUGUGGGAAGACAAGACGGACGACCUUCCGGCCCAGCGAACUGUAGACGGCAAAAAGAAGAAGAGCAAAAAGGGCAAGCGCAAGUUAAAGGUCGGCGAGGUGGCCCAGGACAGCGAGGAUGAGUGGGAGGCGCUCAAGCGGAAGAGGGACGAGAGGAAAGGACUGCAUGACAUUGUCCACGCCCCACCAACCCUGACAAAGACACCGCGGGAGAUUUUCAAGGUCAAGAACGGCGCUGGCGCAAAAGUGGCUAAUAUACCCAAUGCGGCCGGCAGUCUGAGGAAGAGAGAAGAGCUGGGCGAGGAGCGCCAGAAGAUGAUUGCUGCCUAUCGCCAGAUGAUGGCUGCAAAGAAAGGCGAGACGGCAUGA